GGAAUCCGAGCAGCUGCCGCAGCAAAAAAUCGGGAGAGUAAAGACAGAGUGAAGCUAGCAAGGAUUGGGGACACGCCAAGAAUGGAUUCGCGUCUGGGUCUAUUAAUCGCCUUGCUGCUGGCGGCCUUUGAAGCCUUUUCGGCCUUGGAGGCACAAACCACAACAAACCCGAGUUUCAGUUCAGCGGAGAGCGGCUUGCUGCGAACAGUGAGGCACGUGUACGGGCAGUGUGCCGAUAGCGACGACAUCUUCUGGUGCUGCAAGGUCCAAGGAGCCCGUCUCCUGGGAAGAGCUCUGAAAGUCCAGCAGCUGGGAAUCAUUGAUGGAGUUAGUUUGGUACGUCGGGAUUCCUUCAGUCCGGAUACGCGAAGUGGUCGUUCUGGCCUGGUGGAAAGCCAGCUAACCAAUCGGGACUUGGAGCACAUGUCAGGAAAAAGUUUAGAUGCUUUGCUUCUGGAGCGAUUCUUCAGCUUUGUUCACACCCAUCAGCUGCAGGUAAAUCUGCCGAGACUGCUGAAAUUUGGGGAGCGGAACGGUCAGGACUGGCUGCAGAACCUCUACAACUAUUUUAUGCCAGGGGGCGACAGUGAAGGUCGCAAGAAGAAGGAUGAUAAGAAGUACUUGGGACCGUUCAUUGCUGCCGUUCUUCUAAAAACAGCUAUCCUGAAAAUGGCCUACCAUUCGAUUGCCAUUGUGGCCGGCAAGGCGUUGAUAGUGGGAAAAAUAGCGCUAAUCAUUAGCGCCAUUAUCGGUUUAAAGAAACUUGUGGGCCACGACGGCGGUGAGAAGACCACAUACGAAAUCGUGAAGCAUCCACAGGUACAACAGAGCCACACCUACUCCUCCAGCCACCAGGGCGAAUACGACACCGGUGGCCACGACGGAGGCUCCUACCACCGCAGCAUCGACGACGAGAUGAUGAUGCAGGACAAGGCCUACCAGGCCUGGAUGCCCCAGGUGGGUGCCUCUGCCACGCCCAAUGCCAAGGGGUCGCGAUAAGAAGGCGCCGCACAGAAUCCACCAGGGGGGCAGCAGAAGUAGUAGCGGCUCCAGAACCAAAGAUCCCAAGGAACCUUAGACCAAUCUAUCUGAAUUUGUAUUUACUAUCGAAAGCCCUCCAGUUUAAGUUUAGUUAUCUUAGUUAUUAUGUUACCACAGAACGAGCAUUAAAAAAAGAAAUUCAGGUGUUGAUUUU